UAGUGUUUUUCUAAUUUAGUUCGAAAAUGACAUAUUUAAUAACAAUGCAUUCUCUAACUAUGAGCACAAUCGUCGUAACAGUGUUAUUAAUAUACAUUCCUUUCACCACCGAAUGCAAUCUUUCCUGCGGAAGCUCUUGUUGUGAAAGUAGUUACUGCUGUGAGAUAUCUUCAACAUGUCAAUCAUGUAGAAAAACGUGUUCGACUGCCUGCAGAAGCCAGAGUUGCGAGUACAACUGUCAUCAAAACUGUUAUCACCGAAAUGAUUGUAACCAAGAUUGUCACAAUAGGACUUGUAAUCCUAAUACCUUUUCUUCCACUUCGACUACAACUUAUCCCCGUCCUUAUCCGCGUCCUUAUCCCUAUCCAGUAACACCUGCUCCUUCUGUCUACAAAGUUAACAAUACCGGCAAUAGUUCGUUUGAAACUACACUUAAUCUCAAGAAUAUUGUUUCAAUAAUUAAUAACUUUAGUAUUCCAAUAAGUGUUAAUAACGAAAAUAAUGUUGAUGUUAAAAUAUCGUUAAAAUCAGAGACAAAUGAAGAAACUGUAAGUAAAACAAAUGAAAUUGUUAUUGAUAAAACUACAACUUGGAAACCUAUGCCCACAUUGCCCACGCCUAAGCCAGAGCCCAUGCCAUAUCCUGUCCCUAUACCUGUACCCAAUAUUCCUAUACCAAGACGCGUUGUAUAUAUUCCAGUUCCUCGUCCAAUUUUAGUACCAAUGGCACAACCAGGUUGUUGUAAUAUCAUUAAUUCUUGCCUUUCUGGUGGAAAUUGUCAGCGUUUCUCAAGCCAAUGUGGUUCCCAGUGUACCUCGAAUAACAUGUAUGCUCCGUCAAAUCCAUGUUCAACCGGAUGCAUCAGACGUCAAUUCGGAAUAUCAUAUAAUUGUUUUAGUUCCGGUUAUUGCCAACAAAAGCUAACUGACUGUGACAUGUGCAGUGACAAUUUUUAUAUGAAUUUUGAUAAUUAUAGAAGGUGUGCAGGGUGUUUUUCUGUACAAUAA